AUGAAUACCAUCUACUACAUUGGCGAAAACACGGGCAACGACUUUGUUGCUCUGGAAAUAGAAAAAGAUCCGUCGAACUAUGUAUCCCACGAUUCUUACACCACAUGGUUGAAAGGCAAGCAGUGGAAAGCCACCAUCCUCCGUUUGAGAGAUUUGCCCAAAGUCAAAACAGACAAUUUAUCUGCCAUUGAAAACGCCAGAGAAAUCGAAGGAAUCCAGGAUUUUGGACAAGGCCCGAACAUGAAAGACGGAAAAAUUCGUCUCUUGUCCUCGGUCAUCCAUCUAAAGCAGCUUCUAAUGAUUCCCAGUACUAAUCGGAAAAGAACGCAUGAGUGGGGAGUUCAAUGUUUCCAGUCCAUGGACAACAGGGUUCCUCUUGCGUGUGGCGUGACACAUAAUGUCGAGAAGAGAGAUUUCGAGUUUAACAAUGAAGGUGCCGUUUAUCUAAAGAUGAUUGCAUCAGAUGUAGAGUUGAACAAUCUUCUCGAACUGUCCGCUUUUACACACAAAGGCACCGUCUUUGUCGCUAAUUUGGAAAAAUCCAUAUACGACUGUAACCUUCCCAACAUUGGACCCACGUUCCAUUCAGAGACUUGCUCCAGAAGCUACGCUCUCGAGAUUAAAAUAACUUGUGAAUGUGAUUCAAAAAACAGCUGUCGUUCAGAAUUUUCCACGCUUAUAGAUGUCGAUGUUGCAAUCAACGAUAGCACAUCGGACAUGCAGCCACAAGACCAAGUCCUCAAGAAACAGGAUGUUUUGUCACUUGAAAAAGUGGAUUUAUCGCCGUUCAUAGUGAAGGAUGUUGAAGCUAUAAUGGCAAAACGGCUUAAACAGGUGCAUUCCCACAGCUUCGGUUAUCAUGUGAGUGCCACUGCUAUGGAUGAUUCUGUCAUGGUGAUAAGCAGUGUUUAUCUUCAAGCUGACUUUUUGGAGGAAAAGAGGUCUUUUUUUGGCUCGAGCUCGGAAAGUGAAAGGCGUGAAGUAAAGGAGAAUCUGGCGCUUCUGCUCGUUCCUUCUGAAACAGCUUGGAUAGUCGAGGACGCUAGUCUGGGGAAUACUAGCAAAGAAAAGUUCCAUUUCUCCGUAUUUUCAUCAGCACUUGAGGCUCCCUGUUUCACGAAAAUGUACUUCCUGGGAGAUUCGAGUUUCACCUUCAAUCAUUGCAAAUUCCAUGAAAAUCCAGUAUCUCCCGGGACGCUUCUCGACGAGAUAGCCUCUCUCGAACUUUACCAAAGAACCCUGUUGACCGACACCAUCUCCAUAACAUGGUUAACGGUUGAGUUUUUACAACAAACAACUACAAGAACUGCCGACGGGUUUCAGGAAGUGAGUAGGGAACACACCAGGCUCAAACUGUGGCAACCCGAUCAACGAUUCCAAAUGGGUCCACAUAAUGACAAGUGGCGGUUUUUGAACCUUUCCCGCUACUUUCGCCGCUGCAGAAUCCCCGAAGUUCCUCCUUCGGUUCUCUCGAAUACCGUUCAUCGAACAAGAGACUGA